AUGUUAACGCUGGACCUGAUUUAUGCGGAUCGCAAAGGUUCUGUAAUAGCUGCUAGCCGAGCUGAUAAAGCAGAUGAUGAGGAUGAUGAAGAUCUAACGGUGAAUAAAACAUGGGUCCUUGCACCGAAGAUUCAUGGUGGGGAUGUGACUCACAUACUGGACUCCUUGCUUCAAGGGUAUGACAACAAGCUGCGGCCGGACAUUGGAGUGAGAACUACGGUAAUUGAAACAGAUGUCUAUGUUAACAGCAUUGGCCCAGUUGACCCAAUCAAUAUGGAAUACACCAUAGAUAUAAUUUUUGCCCAGACAUGGUAUGACAGCCGUCUAAAAUUUAACAGCUCCAUGAAAGUGCUGAUGCUUAACAGCAACAUGGUCGGGAAAAUCUGGAUUCCAGACACUUUCUUCCGGAACUCAAGGAAGUCUGAUGCGCACUGGAUUACAACUCCCAACCGUUUGCUUCGAAUCUGGAGUGAUGGAAGAGUACUAUACACUCUAAGGCUGACAAUUAAUGCUGAAUGCUACCUUCAGCUUCAUAACUUCCCGAUGGAUGAACACUCCUGUCCACUGGAGUUCUCAAGCUAUGGAUAUCCCAGAAAUGAAAUUGAAUACAAGUGGAAGAAAACCUCUGUCGAAGUGGCGGAUCCAAAAUACUGGAGACUGUAUCAGUUUGCGUUUGUAGGGCUGCGAAACACAACUGAGAUUUCUCAUACUUUGUCUGGUGAUUAUAUUAUUAUGACCAUCUUCUUUGAUCUCAGCAGACGUAUGGGAUAUUUUACUAUCCAGACAUACAUUCCUUGUAUACUCACAGUUGUUCUUUCAUGGGUGUCAUUUUGGAUCAAUAAGGACGCAGUUCCUGCAAGGACUUCUCUGGGCAUUACAACGGUGCUGACCAUGACAACGUUGAGUACAAUCGCUAGGAAGUCGCUCCCAAAGGUCUCCUACGUGACAGCAAUGGACCUUUUUGUGUCGGUUUGCUUCAUUUUUGUGUUUGCUGCCUUGAUGGAAUAUGGCACCUUGCAUUACUUUACCAGCAACAGAAAAGGGGACAAAGGAAAAGAAAAGAAGGCAAAAUCUAAGCCAUCGAAACCACCUGCAAUUGCUGUUCGACCUGGAUCAACACUAAUUCCAAUUAAUAACAUUAAUCAUGUCCCUGAACGUGAUGAUGAUUAUGGAUACGAGUGCCUAGAAGGGAAGGACUGUGCUAGCUUCUUCUGUUGUUUUGAAGACUGCCGCACAGGAUCUUGGAGAGAAGGAAGGAUACACAUCCGUAUUGCAAAAAUUGACUCCUAUUCGCGAAUCUUCUUCCCAACUGCCUUUGCGUUGUUCAAUCUUGUUUACUGGAUUGGCUAUCUUUAUCUAUAA